ACCAUCUUAGUGUUACUGUUGCCCUUUUGCUUGCCACUCCCCCAGGAAUUCACUCUGACUAACUGAAGAUAUAGACCUGUGCUGCUGCUUUUUAUUUCUCACCUAAGUCUGUGUUCACCAGACACAUGUGUUUCUAACUUUCUGUUUCUCCCGCGGUCCUUAUAUUUUACUUAACAAUUGAAAUGAAGCUUCAAUCUGCAAGAACAAGAAAUGUCUCCGUUAACUGUGACAUUGAAGAAUUGUAAUGUUGCACUCUACACCACGAAACCACAAAGCUCCUUCUCCUUUUCCGCGAGAUGAGCAAAAAUAGCUCUUUGUAUGGACUUGCAAUAUCCAUCUAUGAUUGGAAGACACUACUAAGAAUUCUGGACAAUAACAGAGACAGCUGCACAACUCAAUAUAGCUACAGUAUACUCUGUGCUCAUCUGGGAAAUCUUAAUUGUAUCUUUAUCAAAACCAUAUGAGAAAAUAAUUCUAUUAAGAAUCUACUCCAUGGAAGUCAAUUCCAAUUGUGGAAUUAAGGAUAUGGUGAAUACACCAUUACUGCAGUGCCUGACUUUUUCAAGCCUGCACUUUAACAUCUAACAAGCUAUUUUUAAAUAGUAUGAUGAGUUUAAUAGAAACUGAACUUACAUGUUAUUUUACAUAGUUGCUUUUAAAAAGUUACUUCCACUUUUUUGCUGAAGUUUAGUUAGCUUACUGAUGUUGAUUCUAUGCCUAGUGUACAGAUAUGCCUACCUUUCCAAAAUACUCAGGAACUUAAUUUUUGCUCUGCCUCUUGGGGAAAACACUUGCUUAUCUCACCAUGAAAACGUUAAGCAAGCAUUGUAUGCAGUGAUUCCUUUGUUUGACUCAGAUAUGCUAAUAAGGCAUUAUUACCUCGGAACAUACUGGGACUGGAUAGGUUGGCUUAUUUUUCAAAUCUUUUUUCCAUCCACUGUUUGCUCCUAACCAGAGUGAAGGUAUAAUAAGCAUCUGCCACUUUUAAAAGCUUUAAAAACAACCUGCACAAUCAGCAAACCUGCUAUGGGAGAUCUUCAGAAAGUGCUUGACAGAGGAGAAUAUAUUCCCUUGAAAUCUGCUCCUGUGUUUGAGAGUAAAUUUGUUCAGGUAAAUAGGCGAGGUGGAUCAAUUUACCUUCAUAAUCGUCCCAACUUUGUGACUAUGGGCAUAUGUGCCUCCAGCACAAAAUUGUCAUUACCAAAUGUGAUGCUGCUUGCCCAUUCAUCCCCCUAUUCCUCCAAAGAAGACAUUUCAGCCUGUCCAUCAUCUAUCCAGCAUUCACGUUCUAAAGAUGAACUAGUACUCACCAGGUUCUUGCCUUUGAAGUUUGUAGACCUUUCCAUUCACUCUGCUAAGAAGAGACGGAUCAAGCUUAAGUUGGAAAAUGGCCGUGCCUAUUACUUAGAACUCUGUGCUCCACCACAGAAGCAGAGUGACUUAUUCUCUCAGUGGGUGCGGCUCAUCAAUCUGCUGAAAUCUAAAUCUAAGGAGUCUUCAAUUAACUCUCUUUAUAAGGAUUUUGAGACUCAGGAGGAAAACAGAGCCAUCAGGAGUAAAACAGGAAUACAAGGAAAAAACUCAAUACAGCCUCUUAAAAAUCAACCAACUAGUCAAGAGUCAGCAGAAAUCCUUAAGAAAGCAUCUUCCAAACGUGUCACCUAUUCAGAUAUUGUGGGUUCUACUGAAGAAUUUCAGAACAAGAGCCGAACAACAGUUUCUUCUGACAGCUACAUGAAACAGCCCCAUGGUGAUUCAGUGAAACAAAAUAAAUUUAGUCAAGAAUUAAUGGAGACACCUAUCAGAAAAAAAAAAUCUAGGGAACGAGAACCUUUUCCCAGAACCGAAAAAAGACUACAAACUUCAGUUAUUUCCAGUGUAACUGUUUUCCCUCUGAUUAACCUUUCUUUCCCCCUUCUGCUUUAAGUCAUUGUGCUUUCAAAAAUUUACAUUUUUCUCAUACCUUGGAUCCCCUACCACACUUCACUUCUCCCCCCAUGUCUUUUUCCUCCAUAUAUUUUCUUGGAUGUAUUCUUCUCAAUACAUGCAUGCAAAGGAAGUCCCUUUCCCAUUUGUUUUCAAAAUGAUGCUUUCCUCAGCUUUUCAGCAUCCAUAAGAUCUACUUUUCAAAUUGUCUUUCACAGAACUAUCAUAACUAUUUUUCAUAUUAUACCAAAUAACUGAGAUACACAACAGCAAUAUGUAACUGAUAAAACAGCUGAAGUUUUAAAAACUAUCCUUUCAACCUAGUGGAUAUCAAUUCUCAUAUAUCUUUGAAAUGGACAAAUGAGAACUAGCUUGUAAACAGGUAUAGUUCUAAUUAUAAACAUUAAUUAGUGACUUUAAAAGAUGGAUGGUUGACAAUAGCUAGGAAAAACAAAGGUCAGUUUUGUCUAAAUCCCUGAAGCCCAACCCACCCAAUCCUGCUACACACACACACUUCCCUUGAUGCUUUUUCCUUUAUUUCUCCUCUUUUUCUGUAACACUUUUUAAUCUGCUUCUCUGGGCUAUAUUUUCCUCAUGCUCCUCCUGUUUUUUUACAGGAAUCCUAAAAAAUAUCAGUCACUCUGAACUACUUUAUUACAAGUAAUAUUGAAAAAAAUGUGCUGUCAUAUAAAUGUUGUGAAAAGAAACUAAGCUGAAGAUGCCAAGUGAAAGAAGAAAACAAGGUGAUCAGAUGGGAAAUGGAGAGAAAUUCAGAAACUGUAUGAUUCUUCUCUUCCAGUAUAUUAAACUACUGAAAUACUA